AUGCAAGUAAUAAGAAAUAGAGUCCAACCUGCAAGACUUGCCCGCUCCAGGCUACCCACGGCCACCCAUGCCCCUUUGGAUUUCAAGUGCCCUGCAUCAUCCCUAGGCCAAAUUGAUUCUCCUCUGCAAAUCGGGGGUGACCUCCUACAAUGCCCAGAUUACUAUUCCGCACUAAUUCUGGAAGUGGGAAGAGACUCACCCAGGAAGCAGAGGGAGGGAGCACCCUUUCUGAGCUGGGGGUCUGGGGAAGAAGGAGGAAUUCUAGGCAGCACUUUCCUGCUGUGCUACUAUGCUGAGCAGAUCUUCGGGCCAGGGACCCGGCUCACGGUGUUAGGUAAGCGUGGACAGGGGCGGGUUUUUGUGCGGGGCUGGGGGGCCGUGAACCAAGAGACCCAGUACUUCGGGCCAGGCACUCGGCUCACCGUGCUAGGUGAGCGCGGGGGCCGCGAUGGGCGCUGGAGGCCAGGUGUUCGCGGGGCCGCUCGCCGGGCGCGGGGCGGGAGGGAAGGCGGCCGGGUGGUCCAGGGCUCACAGCCGGGCGCUGCGCCCUGCGGCUGGGAGUCGCCCGGGCCGCCGCUGGGGUUUGCGAGCGGGGCUGCACCUCCGUGCUCCUACGAGCAGCAUUUCGGAUCCGGCACCAGGCUCACGGUCCUAGAAAACCUGAACAGGGUGAACCCACCCAACGUGGCUGUGUUUGAGCCAUCAGAAGCAGAGAUUGGCCAGAAGAAGAAGGCCACGCUCGUGUGCCUGGCCACAGGCUUCUACCCCGACCACGUGGAGCUGAGCUGGUGGGUGAAUGGGAAGGAGACCCGCAGCGGGGUGAGCACGGACCCUCAGCCCUACAAGGAGCAUCCUGACAAUGAAAACUCCAGCUACUGCCUCAGCAGCCGCCUGAGGGUCUCAGCUGCCUUCUGGCACAACCCGCGCAACCGCUUCCGCUGCCAAGUCCAGUUCUACGGGCUCACAGAUGAUGACCCAUGGGACCAGAAGGACCGGGCCAGACCUGUCACCCAGAACGUCAGUGCUGAAGUUUGGGGCAGAGCAGACUGUGGCUUCACUUCUGUGUCCUAUCAGCAAGGGGUCCUGUCCGCUACCAUCCUUUACGAGGUCCUGCUGGGGAAGGCUACCCUGUACGCUGUGCUGGUCAGUGCCCUCGUGCUGAUGGCCAUGGUCAAGCAAAAGAGAUCCUGAGGCCAUCUCUAAUAGUGCAUCCUGAAUCACUCUUCCUCUUCAUCCUGGAUCCUCCUGGCCCUACUUAUCCAUGUUCCUAAAGAGUUCUUCUCCUUCCACCCCUCCCUAUGUAGACAUCUAUCCUUCCUGAUUGCUUCCCUGAAGACUGAGUAUUAGCCCUGAAUCAGAAACAGACAGAACCAAUAAACAUUGCAUGAUUGUGUC